AUGACACGAGACGAACUGAAGGACUUCCUUGCCUCCAACCUGUCCAUGUCUGGUCUAGAUUUGCUUGAAGGUCUCUGGGGAGCCGCGAGAAUGCUCCGUUAUGGUCGGCCAUCUACGACCUCCGGUGGAAUAACCGCUUACGACUUUAUCCUUCUCCUGUCCUGUAUGCUUCGUGGUUCUUUCUCUGAACGAGCAACAAUGUCCUUCUACGUCCUCGAUAUCGAUGGUGACGGCCGACUUCGUACUAACGUGGAGUUUUCUCGUUUUCUUGCAGACUCGUUUAAUCAUGGGCGGACAGGCUCCAGUAGCCCAGUGUCUGCUGUGGAGCACACGAGGGAUGCCGUCCAGUACCUAGCUUCAAAGGCCUCCAUUGGUAUUGGUGGUAGCAUCGGCCUCGCACGCUUUCUGCAGCUUUGUUCUUCCUCACCGUGGAUGAUUGACGCAAUUCUGCCCUGUAUACCUCGAGACAUUGACAACGUGGCUUUUCAAAAUCUUUUCACCAAAAAUAUAAUGACUCCAAUGCACGAUGAAAAUCCACGGCGUACAUGUUCAGUGGGCAGACGAUCGACAUGCGCAUCUUCAAUUAUUAGACGGCAGGUUCACUAACUGCUAGUUAGCGGCCUGCAGAAAUUUCGGUAUUUAUUAAUAUCGGAUUCAGAAAUCUUGAGUGUUUCUUCACUUGAGAACUGAAUAAAUUUCGGCAAAAAUCGGUGGUUUUGUAGGUAAAAAUGUGAUUUUUUUUAUUCCGGACACAAAAAUUGCGAUAAAUCUGGUUCGCACUCUACGAAAUGUUUAUGCACUGGAAAGACAAAACACUGUUCUUCUUCAGGAAAGUUCUUUGUCUAAAAUGAAAAUUUUGGGCUUAAACUCCCAACUGCCUUUAGUGCAACCAUCUUCAAACCCAGACCGUGGUUUGGCACCAUGAUAUCGACAAACUUCCUCGGGAAGUCUUUUCUGAGUUGCAUAUGCUAGGUGGCUGUGUUAAUCAGACUAGCCAGCGUUUAACCUUCCGUUACGCACUCGCUUCAAAAGCUGACACACUGCUUUUGAGAACAGCAAAAUUUAUUUUGAUUAGGCCUUAAAAGCCGAUGUUCUGACUGAGCGGUCCUGCAAUUUCAUAACUGCAAAUCGAGGUCCAAACCUUAGCAUGUCAAAUUACUUUCAAAAUCCGUUUGAAAUGACACCCUCCACGAGGCAAAAACCGGCAUGCACACUGAUAAGUCAUGUAGAAGUGAGCUCAUUUUCAGAUUUUGCUAAAAUUAAUCUGUCCACGGACGCCUCUGCUCUCGGCCUGCUCUACCUGGCAAACAGCUUGCCUGCACAAUCCCCUUUAGAAGGUCACUGAGCGUAUACCAGUAGUUGGAUUUUUUACUGAGUCUGAUUUCUUUAAGUCGACUCCAAAUGGUAGGUAACACAAGGCAGCAAGGCAACAGUGCGCUUCAGGUGUGCGAAAUGCUCAAAGCAAGCACCCAGUAGGCUUAAAUGAAACUGUCUUUUGGCUCUAUAGGAAGGGAUCUAUCUCCAGUGCUUUUAUAAUAGUUCAAGUAACGGCGUCUGCAGUCGUUUGAGCACAUUCAUGGACUUGGUGCUACCGUACUGCGUUUAAGGUCACCUCAUCCGUGAAGAUGACAUUAAGCUAUAAAUCAAAAUGCCAGAGUCUGUGAAGGUUUUGAGAGGAUGUUUGCGCCUUAACGUUUUGUUCUCGCGAUUGCAGGAGAGGGUGGAUCGAUUUCGCCAGGUAUACUGCUGCGGAUAAACACGAAUAGGGGAGUCGUGCAGAACAUAACUACAACCGAAUCUCUCAGUUAUAAGUAAAGCCCCAUAAAACAUGAUUUUUCGAUGCUUUCAGGUAGGUGCGAAACCUAACCGCACCAUGCGGCGUUGGUGUUUUAUUUUUGUUCACACUUAUUCUUGCAACCACAGUGAGUGGUGGAUCACUGAAUAAGACAUUCCUCUUCAGAAUCUCGUCGUCAAUACAGCCAAAUAGUAUUGUAAAAGUGAUCUUCGGAUGCCUGCGCAUAACCGAUUGUGCUUGAAUUUCAAUCCCUGAAUUAGUCUCCCCGAUUGCGUGUCCAACGCAUGCUUAUAUGGUCAGUCAACAAAUCAACCUGCUGACCGUGACCUGUUUACUUUCCGGUUGAAAUUAUGCGGCCUUGCGCUGCGUCAUCCUCAAGGCGAACUUGACGGGAGUGUCACCCCUUCCCCGACUCCGGGCCUGGCUAGCAGUGGCGUCGAGAUGGCCAACUGAAGAUGUGGGUGGCUGACAUGAAAGCUGGGUCCGAGCGCAUAUAUGGCCCUGCAGUAGCCCAUCAAAGCGGCUGGCUUGCUAAAUGGCUCAUUUUCACCAGCGAGUCUGCCUCUGGUCGACUGCAAUGGAAGGCGCACGUCAUUGACGCGGUGAACCUGCGGUAUCGUAGAGGUCUAAGCCGAGAGUGAGACCCUGGUUACCAUGACCUCCAGGCCCGGUCCCAAGUGAAAAGAGAAAAUGGAUUCUGGUUUGGAGGAUUGCAUAUUCUGUACAGACCAACUGGAGAAAGGAUUGGAAGAAGCUGACAACCAGACGAAAGUGUCUCCGGCGUGAGAACGGCGUCCUGUGUCAAUCAGGGAGCACGUCUUAGGCCGGGGCAAGCCUAACUCGGCCUUGAAUCUGAUUGGCCAGUCCGAAAGCCUAGUGAGAGAACGCCAGACAGCCCUGGUGCCCGUGUGCAGACACUCACGAGAGGCCCAGCGUUGUGACAGGCGCCCCAAGUAGGUGCACUACAGCGGCACGGCGCCUGGUGAAUGCUGUCUCGAGUAAACGGUAAAUCCGUGACCCCCAGACGGGCCACGUGGUAGAUGCUCUGGACCAACGGGGAGUCAUAUCAGAUUCUGGCAGGCGUUAUCAGAAUGCGCACCAUAACAACUGUCAACAUUUCGGGGGUGCGAUGGCAGACCCAGUUGCCGGUUGACGUCGCGCACAUUGUGACCCCUGCCGCCCCCAUUUUUGUUGUCGAUUAAAAUUAUGGUCAUUUGCUGUGUGGACCAAGGGGGGGGGGGCGUGGAGUGGAGCGUCAAGGUGCGGACUCGACCAUGCCAUCCACCUGCGUCCUCCGCCUCCGGUCUUCUUGACUCUGUCUUGACGCCGGAUCCAGGUGGGGGAGGAGGAAAGAGUGCGGUAGAUGUCGUGAAAUUCCACCACCACUUUAAACUAAUUCACGCGCAAGUCACUGUCCCUGCUCCCACCUUUUACUGCAGCACACGGCGGACAUCGUCGGAAACGGCGGUCGAAACGGUAAAUCUAGGGAUAAGGAAAAACGUUAAGAGCCGCAUUUAAAUGGCGCCAGGUCUCCCAUUUAGCGGCGAUUUUCUCUACAAUGUUGAGGCGCUUUUGUUUACUCUUCGUGGUUUCAAAUUCUAGAGAAUCCGGUGAGGUUCAUUGCAUUUCUUUAGAACAUCUUUUGGUGUACUUGUUGCCAUAUCACUUUCCUGGCAAAUCACAUCUUAGGUAAUCAGUAAACCAGCGAGAGUUAAUAACUUUGACCUAAGGGGCUGGCAGUUAAAUCUACAGACGGAAAAAGUUGACUUAUUUGCAUUGAAUCUAGGGCAGUGAAGAGAAAAAACCCAGCCUAUUACUGCAAACUUACGGCAAGCAUAUCUGGUAACAAUAGAAGAACAAAUUUGUGGGACCACUCCUCAUGCUUUAGUUCUCCGCGUCCGGCAGGCUGUCACGUCGGAUGAUGACACUGUCAUACCUUCGCUUGCGUGUGCGUUCAGCCCGUGGCAUUCAUACGCCGGACAACCAAGUGCAGACACCCCCAGCCCGUUAGUUGAUUGGUUGAUGGCAGGAGGCUGACGCCAACACAAGCUUUCACAAACUUAUCUCAUGUCCUAGCGAGCUGAGCACACAAGAUCGACGCCCACACACGCGGAUGCACUUGUAGUGGUGAGCAGUGCUCUCCCUUUAUAGGUCUGCUCAUUUUUCCCAGGCGGCUGCCGAAGUCCACUAUGGUCCGCGAUGUCUAAUGGAAGAACGACCCGAGUUAAACUGGGCCUGCCUACAACAUUGCCGUGAGCUUGAAGGGGGGUGGAGGGAGGGGGGACGGGACAAGGGUAGAGGGACGGGGAACAGAGUUUUCAUAUCCUUCUCUAAGCGAACUGGUUGCUGAAAUAUAUAAGCGGUGAGCAAGCACAUUCGAAGGAACGGCAGUUAGCGUACAGCAAAUGUAAACAGAAACAAGCAGGGCUAGCAAGCAAGAACAAGCAGCAGCAAAGGUAGACAGAGGCAAUCAAACGGAACGGCAUUUAGCUUACCACAAGGACAAACACAAACAAGUAGGCAGAAUCAAACAAGCAAGAACAAGCAAAGUCAAGACCUCAAAGUAAUGUUCACUUUGUCGGGAACUCAGUUACCUUGUGGCCUCCUGCGCUGUUGCAGUUGGGGUCUCGCCUCGGAGAUAUCAAGGCGGUGAUCUAUCCGGCCAGCGGAGCCGUGUUACCGUGUUCGGCGAUGCACGCAGUAAAACUGCAAAGCGUUAUCAACUCAUCACUUCCGGGCAUCACCUUCACACUCGAAAGGAAUUUGAAAACAAACUUUUAUUUUUUGAUGUCCUCGUACAGCAAAACACUGAUGGAACACUCCCACACCAGUAUACCGCGAAAAAGCUUAUGCGGAAUUUGGCCUAUAUUACAAGAGUAACCACCCUAACGCUCAAAAAAGGAAGGUUGUUAACACUAUUAAAUCGAGCAAAGACAUGCUUCUCGGAGAACGAAGGAUACAAAAUAGAACCCAAUUAUGUGUUCAACAUAUUUUCCCAAAAUCGCUACUCUAGAGAUUUUGCACGCCAAUGCUUUAGACAACAGGAAUCAAAAGAAGAAGGACAAGGGACUAGAUUGUUUCGAUUAGACGCCAAACCAAAACUGGCGAACACUUCCUUACAUCAGAAAUGUGGCUGAACUCGUUGAAAGACACCUGACGAAGCACCAAAUACGAGCGGCGCAGAGACCGACGACUAAGUUACACAACCAGCUUGUAAAAGACUCAUUUUUCUUCGAAGCAUCAAUACCAACGAGGAGAGACGACAGAGGAUGCGGGUAGAUUGAUACAAUUCUGUUUCGGGCUUAUUUAGCCUUCAUCCGUCCACUAAAAACUCUGACCACCGGCUGGUAUCAGAAACACAAACGUGCGUUCGUACACGGCGCAGAUGGUCCACAGACGGUUUCCAGCGGAUGAGUCAUAAGCACUUUACCGAACAGAAGCUCAUUCUUGCCUCGUCGCUUGUUAUUCUCUAUCGCUAUCAGCUAUCACUCCCUGCCAGCGUUGCUAACAUUUGUAGUCAUUCUUCUGUCUGUAUGGUCUUAGUUAUUUCUUUUUUACUUCUUCGAUGUCCUCCUAUCGGAUUUGUUGAUAUAUCCUCAUUGCUUAUAGCAAAUAGGGGAUUCAUGGGUAUGAACCUAAAUAUUCCCGAAUAAACCGAACCGAAUUUAACCGAAUUUGUGCCUGUUUUUCGAUUUUUUUUGCCUUUCUUUUCCAUAGAUGACUUUUACGCUUCGAAUGCCGUUUAUGCCAAUUCUUGCCAGCCCUCAAAUAUUACUGUCAGAGUAGUUGCAAAUCAGGCCAGUGAAAAUGUAAUGCAGGCAAUGUUGCCGCUUAUGUGAGCGCUUAACUGAGAAUAGGUAUAACAGCCUCUAAGUCCAACUUAAUAAAUGAGGAGGUUUGUUUUAGUGCGUGGACGGUUUCUAUUUCGUAAUCGCCCUGGGUGCUGUGAUGGCGUCCCUGGUCUAUUUCAAGUUCAAAGCCAAUGUCAAGACCGACUCAAUUAGCUUUGAUGGCUCAUCUAUCUCUGUUAAAGACUUGAAAAACGCAAUUAGGACUAAAUGCUGCCUUUAUUCGGCCGAUCUGGAUCUCAAGCUCGAGGACAGUUCCGGCAAAGGUAGGUUGAGUCCCUCUCAUUAUUCCCCCCAGAGUACACAAAGGAUAAUGAAUUAAUACCAAAGUACACCAGCAUAGUGGUCAGGCGGGUCCCAAGACUGAAUACUGAAGCACAAAAACGGAAGCCAAAUACUUCGGAAAUGGGCAUGCGGAAGGAGUCCUUAAAAAGCGUAGGUUUUGUCUUGCCCAUGCUCCGUCGAAGCUUUUUGAUAAACGUCGUCGGGAUGUUUAUCUCUUUCCUCCCUACGAUUAAUUUGUGUAGCGCAGUAGUGGCAUUCGUCCUCAUAAUCCUACCGACGCCUUGCGUUUAUCAUUUCUUCCUAGUUCUUAAAGACCGCAUGUUUUAUCAGUGCUAGUUUUACUUGUACACCACACCCUUUUGGCCACGCUGUUUCGCACUGUCUGUCAGACAGACUUUUCACACUGCCACAUAUUAGCCAUAUUUAUCUCUUACAGGCUGCUCAGCCCGAAUCGUCAAGUUCCAACGUAAGUCUGCAUCUUCCCGUUAACCCUUUAUAGAUUAACCUCGCCGAAUCCGACUUGCCGGAGGAAGAAAAGAUCCGAAUAAUGAUGGAGCGAUCGUCCGAAAUCUACUCUGAUAAAAAGUAUACUUUUUUGAGAAAAUUUACGUCUUGUAGUUUCACUGUGAAAGCCAAACCUUACGGGACUCCUCCGGCAGGGUAUAUAUGCCACAAGUGUAAUCUCUCAGGGCAUUGGAUUCAUAAUUGCCCGGGGAUACGUGAUCAGACUGGGAGGUUGAUGGACUCGAAGUCGAUCAAGAGACCAACUGGGAUUCCACAAGAUUUCCUACUUGAGGUUGAACCAGAUACUCCGGGUGCCUACUUAGGUAAAACCGGACGCUAUAUGGUUCCCAUAAAGGAUGCGUAAGUCUGCUUAUUUGUUUAACACUUCCCAGCGAAGCUUAUGCCCUAAAAAAGAAGGAAAAGCGAGCGUUUACUGCAGAGGAAAACCCGCCCUACGUUCCACCCGAGGAGCGGAUGCCCCCUGAAGAGUUUACCUGCCCGCUAUGUCACAAGUUAUUCCAGGAUGCCGUUUUGGUUUCCUGUUGUGGCACCACAUUCUGUAACGACUGCAUCAUGGGUCACGUCUUCGAUUCCGACAUCCUUGGCUCCCACCAGUGUCCGGUUUGCAAAUCCUCACUGAACGAACACGAGACAACAGUGUUCGAGAACACAACUGUCCGAAACUUAGUGCGUGGGUGGCUACGCAUGUAUGGACAGAAUGAGGUAACCAACUUUGGAAGUUCUCCUGAAAAACAACUGAAACCGAGUACUCCUGAGCCCGAAAAGGUAAUAAUCUCGAUUUUACUAUGCUCCUCUCUAAGGUUGUCCGUCGUGUUCUUAAACCCAAACAACCGGUUUUGCUGGACACGUCUAAACCGAGUUCACACGGAGCUGACCAACAGAAUCCCCUCGAAAGCAACACAACCUCAGUUUCCACAGUCCAGGGGCAGCCACCCGUCAAGCCCGAAAAUUCUGCUCAGCUACCCGAACCUCCUACCCUUGAUCAUAUGCGCGUCGGAACUUUGCCCUUCCCCCCAAAAUCCGAUCCGUCUUUGGUUAACAAUGUUAAAAAUUAUUCACCUAACAAAAAAAAUCUUCCUAUUGUUUCUAAUACAACCACUGGUGUUGCCGACGCGCCUUGUGCCACAGUGAUUGGAGCACAGGGCACCUCAGUGGUGUCGACCGCUCCGAUUUCCUCUUCCAGUCUCUCUUUCAGUAGGGUCACGGCGCCUGUUCUCCCAAGUAUUAUUGGGAAUGAGAACACGGCUCUGGUAAAUGCCAUGUAUGGGACUAGCCUUGUUGGCAUGACGUCAGCGGCUGCCAGCAAUUCACUGGCUCAGAUCGCUGGUGUCUAUCCAAACGUUUCGCUCAUGCCCUCGGGUAUCCUAUGGCCUCAGGGGGAUAUUCCGUACCUAAAUAAUGUUGACCAAAACGCUUUGCUAAACCAAACUGGUGUAUUCUCUUCCACACCGGAUCUGGUCGCUCCUCUCUUUGGCAUUCAGAGCAGAGCGGGGGAUGGUGUCAUCCAAGGUGGCGCGUUUCCCAAAGACAAGUUGCUAUCCAAGGAAGAAUUUUACCAAUGGAAAAUGCAACUGAUGCAGCAAUCUCGAAAAAUAAGGUAACAUUGAGCGCUUUUGUAUUACCGCUCGUGCGUUUCCUUGCUUGCUACUUUUUGCCGCUCAUCCCCGAUUGACUCGUGGUGCGCCAGAGCUGUUUUCAGGUUUCAUGUUGUUGGCUUAGAAUUUUAGGAGCGUUAGUGUUUGUCUAGGAUGAGUCUAGGACGUAUUGCGCCCAGGGCCGCUACGUUUGUCAUCAGAGAAGGAUGCUGGCGUAUGUUCGGCCUUUCCACCAGUAGUUCUCACGGUUUAGCAUUUACAGAUUGGAAGGUUGACGGUCACUGGCAAGGAUGCGUGAUGUGACCAUCAGACCAAACGAGUAUCAAAUUAACAAGCCUGCCUAAAUUUCUAGUUAGCCGUCCUAUCCACUAAACAAGAUGUGCGUUUCUAUUUUCCCCAGUUUAUUUUGUGUCAGUCCUGAUCAAAUUGUCUUAAUCGUUUUAGCUCAUCAUUUGUGUACUAUUCUUCAGUAGGACCUUUUAAUAAAGGCUCCUCUGUGCUUGACUGUUAACACGUCCUCUAUAGGCGACUUCUCACCAGUUACUAGUUCUUUUGUAACUGUUUAAUAAUCACAAAAACGGUGGUCUAAGAUCUUCGAUGAUCUCUGUAGGAUCUGCUUCUCGGAAUGUUUGAACCCGCAUGUAAGAUUGGGCUUGUCAUACUUGCUUCCGGGUCGUCUCUUUUGAGGUGUUUUCCUUAUUUACUACUAGGUUAGCAUUAGCAAGACUCGGCACCCACAUCUCAGAUUUGUCCGUAUUACACAGUGGAUUGGUAAGGAAGCAGUCAUACCAGAUGUCUUCCGAUACUUGAUUGGCAGAAACGUACCUGCAGUCGACUGUGCUUCUGUGGGGUUCCCAAGAGGUCAUGAACGUUCUCUGCUGUCACACAAGAGCCUAGUUGGAUUAGAGGAUUUCCUGUAGAUCUUAUUGAAGACUUGUCUAACGUCAGUUACCUGGGUUAAAGAAAAACAGAAGUCCUCGAAGGAUGCGCAUUGAUAGUGGCGUAACUUUCCACCCUUGCUUGUUUUACUGUCUGCAAACUGUCUGUUGUACUUAAGUUAGGAGUUAAAACAAUUGGGGCUGAGCUCGUUUUUGACAUUGAUUAAUCGAAGGCAAGGGUUAUCCUGUUCACCGGGAGUCCGCUACAAGCGACAUUGGUAGUUUGCUUUACUUCGGUUAAAUGUUUCUAACGUCGUGACGUGACGUGUGGCCUCUUCCGCUCUGUGCUCCUACCAUUUUUGUCGCCUGGUUAAGAUAACUGAGACCGAGGGGGAUGGACAGUCGCCUGCAAGCUUUGGUCUUAAGUCCUCGGAACGUGUCGUUGGCCCUGUUCAUCGAGAAAGUGAUGAGAACGCCUGAAGUCGCAUUCGUUUGACUUUUUUCUUAUAAAUGAACCACAUCUAGGUCUGCACGUUCUCGUAGCCGUGACUCAACUUCACGCGGCGUCCGCAGACGGUCGGGCGAUCGCAAUCACAGACGCGAUGAGCGCUCAAACGGCCGCCUACGUGAGCGGCACUACCGUGAUUCGUCCCGUGAAAACACAGGCCGACACAGUUCUCGGGGUCGUCGUUAUGGCCGGGUACGGUCACGAAGCCAUUCCCCGCAACCGAUCGAGGAUUAUGAUGCGUGGCGUCGUAGAAAAGAUCGCAAAAAGCUAGUUGAGCGAGAUUCAUCACACAGCAGAUUUUCCCGUAAGCCGUAUGCCUCAGAAGCAUCUCCCGCUGAAGACCGAGAAGUGCGCGGUCGCUUCCGUCCUAACAGUUGUGCCAAUGAGUCUUCAGUGCCCGUCCCUGACCGCCCUUCUCGAGUAUCCCGCCGCCGUACUUCCCCCUCCAGGACGCAGCAAACCAUCGACCCGGAAUUGUCAUAUUCACCCAGUUCAAGGCAACACGAUCUUUUUAUCAACCCGGAAAGGGGCAGUCAGUCACCACGAGAGCGGUGAGUUUUCAGUACGUCUGUUUUGUUGCAGUUGUCGUGAAAGUUAGGCGUUUGUUCAAGAGUCCCUCUUUUUACCCUUAGUUCUGGCAGGUGCGUAGGAUAUUGCAUGCCUAGGCGAACUUUCGCAACACGCUUGCUUGAUUUAGUCUAAACAAACGCGGAUACUAGGUAGGAUCCAACUGCAUCUGCAAUUUCGAAAGCCGGUUCCUUCUACGUGUAGCCCUUCAUUUAGUAAGAUUUAAAUUUCGCUAUAAAUAAAAAUAAGCUUAGUCUGACAUUUUCGACUAGUGACAAGACUUAAGAAGUCUCUUGCUACAAAUUCACAGCGGAAACUCGCAUUUUACUGCAAGUAAUAGGUUGCCCUACACCGCUUUGUGAGCCGUUUCAAAUGCUUCAUCGUGUGCUUGGUGUUGGACAAGAUUGAGGCACUCCAGUGCCUUAAGUCAAGUUUUGCUAAGUGUUUUAUACUUUAUACCCCAGAUUUCUGCUGUGUUGCGUAAAGAUACAUCUGAAUUCGCCAGCUUUUGACUUGUCCUAAUUGUACUUAUCCUUACAGUUCGCCGCAUGCGUCGGUCGUCCCCGAAUACGCGCCGUCAGAUACGGCGUCAUCAAGAGGUACUUUGUUUCAUUGUUCGUAAUAUUCCUGCCUAGGGCCUACUCCCCAGUCCUCUUAUCGCCUACAGUCCCCAAGUGAUGUAGGACAUUUGGCGGGUAAUAAGGAAUUUCCAUCAGGCGAUAGGAGAGCCACUCCACGGGAUCUUAUUUAUAACUCGAGGUAAGUCACGAAUUUGAAACUCGAAAGUCUAGUCCGCCUAGGGAAGUAGACUUCGAGGAGCUCGAUGAGCGAGCCUUAAAGCGUUUGAAGAAGGAACAGAAGCGAAAAUUGAAACAUGAGCGGAAGCGGUAGUUCUUAUUGCUUAUUGCUGACCCUUCAUAGUGCUAAAAAAGCUGCUCGCGCUCUGCGGGAGGCAGAGGGUCCUGCCCUUGAUGAAGCAGACGGUGAAUUUCCUGGACUUAAUGAUGGAGAUUUCAUCGAAACGAAAGUGAGACACAAGAAGCGAAAACAUAAAAAGAAGCGAGAGGGUUCUGAUUCAGCUCCAAGAAAAUCUAAGAAGUCAAAAAGGCGAGGUAGUUCCCUAACAGAACCCCUGGAGAUCUGCUAGUAAUUUUCUACAAUUGUACAGUUAUUUCCUAUUUACUGACACUAAGUCCUUAUUCCGCAUCAAGGUGUACAGCUAUUUUGUUUUAAAUACACAAAUGCAAAUUAUAAUGGUCGUUUGUUUCGUUUACGACACUUUGUCGGUUUGAAGAAUGAUAUCCAUUCGAUGACUUAACACUGUCUUUCCCAGUGAGUAUGACCCUCGUGAAGAAUGACUGACUGCUCGAGGUGAAUAGGUUAUGACCGUCCCUGAGCAAUUUGCUUGUUAUGGUAAUCAAACAACCUGAGGGAUGUUAUAAAUGAGACGCUGUAGAACUGACAGCUCUCCACCCCACGCCGUUGCGCACAAAAUAUCCGUUAAUCUUCUGAGCGACGAACACUGAACUUCAGGUCUUUCGGUCUGCAAAUAAACGGUGAAGGUCAUGCUCUGUCUGCAUUCACAGGUGCUGCGUGUGUCAAGGACUUGAACUCAGAGCGGGGUCCGCCUUUUUAGCAGAAUUAGCUUGGAAACCUGGCCCCAAGAAUUCGGCACGACCAGAGGCUACCUUGCAGAGGGGUCAGGUAUUCAGCUGGUCCGGCAAAAGCGCCCACAUUGUUCCGCCAGCUUUUAUGGUUUUUGGGACGCCGCAUGAUUUCUGAUAAAGACAGCUGUUUAGGACACUUACAGCCGAAGGGCCGACUGACCUUCACCGUUAUGGGUUUCCUCGUUUAAGGAAUCAUAAGUGGAGCUGAAGCCACCUACUUUUUUCGGUCUCAUCCGUAAUUUACAUGUGGUGCUGGCCUGUGCGGUCGGAACGAACAAUAGGUCUGGGGUUGGUAUACGAAAAGCACUAACUAUAGGACAGAUAAUGUGGCCCGGACGUUGGAGAAGUCGUUACAUUCGCAAACCUGUCAGUGGAGAGCAGACUGCGCUGGCCAUCGGGGCACAGUCGUCACGGAGUGCAUCCGGACGAUUUUCUCGACUGUGCUUAAGCAUUGGACGGUUCAGAGGAAUUCCGAGGGACCGGGUCCUCACUUCACUCACGCUUCAUGUCCCACCUUUCUUAUGGUGAUUUACCGCAUGUGGAGAGUCGGUGAUCAGAUGGGCUGGGGCAGAAUCGUACUUGGUGUCCUUUUAAAGUACCAGAAUGCUCUAAGGCCGUUGUCCCUGAGAAGAUGAAGUCGGUCGUAUACCCAGAAAGAUGUACUAGGUUGUCGAAUCUUCAGGGACUGCUGAUAUAAAUAUAUUUCCCGGAACCCCCCUGUUGAUUGCAUUGAAUGCGCUGGUCGGAUCUGCGAAGACGGCGUAUGAGCAGUCGUUCUGCUCAUUACGUUUUUCUCAAACUACCAACGAAUGCCAUUUCGACGUUGUGACUUGGGUCAGUCACUGUGUGUUACAGGGUGGUUUCGUGUAUCUUGUUGAGAUCCGAGCCGAACUGACGUGGCGUUGGGUAGGGUAUUUAUUUGACUGGGUGAAGUGUACGGGCCAGACAACCGUCCAAGCAGUAAAAGGGACGGGCGUAGAUUGAUUGUCCGCCAACAGGCAAGGCUCUGUGCGAUGGAAAAAGCAAGCAAGCAGGCUAGCUUUCCAGUUCUCACUGUUUAUUUCUUUUUAUCAGCUAUACACCGUCCCUGCUCUGGUAAGAUCUGAGCUUUGAACCAGUAGAGUUGACCGGAGUUCCAAGGCAGAUAGCGUCUCCGGUGCACUGCUCGGGCUGGUAAAAAGCAAUUACACCACUUACUAUUUCUGAUCGGAGGCGAUAAUGCGUUGCCAGGACUGAAUGACCAAUUAGACUCGGCUUGGGGUUGGGAUAUGACUUUCUGAUGACGGCAGGUGAGCCGUUAGCGGCCUGCACAGUUUCUCUUGUCUUGUUGGUGAUAGUUCUCGGGUAUAGGUUGCUCGUAACCGUGACUGUGUAUGCAAAGUAGGCCAAAGUUCGAACGACCGGACCAAAUUGACGAACCCCAUUCCCACACGAUGGCUCUCUCGCUUGAUACGUCAGUGCUUAGGGGAGAUAGCCAGUAUUGACACAUUGAACCUCGUCCCAUUUGUUAGAGAACGUGACUUUCCUGAAGACUUUGGUCAUAUAUAUUUUUUUCACAAUGUUGCAAAAGUCUGAGCGUGACAGGCCAUACUGGAUUUAAGCUAACGACUGUAUUCCUGUUUUUUUUCCUCACACUUCCCCAUAACCCUCCCCAGCCAUACCUUAUUUUUCUUCAGAAUAA